AUGAGAUCAUCUUCACAAAUCACAAAACAGUCACAAGAACAAUUUCUACAAAAUGCAAAGAAAAACCAAGCACUUGUUGAAGAAAUCAGAACUAAUGAAAAAGAAUUAUAUAAAAGAAGUAAAAAGUGGGUUCAGAAUAUAGCUGUUGCUGCGCACACAGGAAUUUCUGUCUCAGAAACAUUAAAAUCAUAUUCCUCUAAAUUUGAAAAGAGUGAUAUUAGUAAUAUCCAAAGGGUGUGUGUUGCACUUGGGCAAUGUGGAGAAAUUGUUGAUAAUUUUGUUAGGGUAUUAGAUCGACUACAGUUAGACCUUGACAAGUAUUUAUGUGAGUCACUUCGUUCGUUAAUUGAUGGAGAAUUAGCAAUGGUAACAAACGGACCAAAACUAGAUUCUAUAAGAACAACAGGAAGUUCAACAAGCCCAAAAUUAUCACAAGCAGUAGCAAAUAUACAAAUGGCAAUCGAUAAAUUUGAGAUAGAAUCACUUUCCCGUUUUUGUAACGUUUUUGAUUCUUUUGAUAAUCUUAAUGAAGGAAUGGUAAGUGUAAAUGUAUUAAGGGAAAAGGUAAAAGUUGCAAAAAAACAACAAGAACAAUUACAAGCAGCAUAUGAAGAAAAUGAAAAAAUAGAUUCUACAACUUAUAGAAAUUAUUUUGGAAUUCCCUUAAAAAAAUUACUUGAAGAUGAGGGUAGAGUUGAUGCACAAAUUCCUUUGGGACUUGAAAAAGCAUUAAAGUAUUUAUUUUUAAAUGGACUUAACAAAGAAGGUCUUUUUAGAUUAAGUUCAACUCCUGAUAAACUUAAUUUUGCAAAAAUGAAAUUUUUAGCAACCAAUUAUUCUCAUGAAGACCCUUAUUUGGUUGCUAAUUUAGUCAAAUUAUUUAUUAAAGAAAUUCCUGGUAAUUUAAUUCCAAAAAAUGCUAUUGCUGUUUUUCAGAAAUGGGAUAAUGAAAUAGUUGCUGGUAUUAAUACAGAAACAGGAGAAAUGGAUCCUGUAUUAGAAAAGAAGAUUUCUCUACAAAUUCAUUCUGAUAUAGCAUUAACACUACCACCAGAACAUCUCACUUGUCUUAAGUAUUUAGUUUCAUUUUGUUCUCAUUUAGUGAAAAGUGAGAAGUCGAAAAUGACCAUUGAAGCUAUAUCAACUUGUGUUGCUCCUAAUGUAUUUUAUUCAGACCCAAAAUUAGAAGGACCAACUUUGUUAAAUUAUAGCAAACAGAUUAAUAGAUUAUUUUCAUUUAUCCUAAAAAAUAUAUUAACAAUAUUCCCCUCUUCUAAAAGGUGUUUCAAUGCAAGAAAGAAGAGUGUUUUUAUGCACAAUCCAGAAGAAAUUGAAAUAAGUGAUAGUCUUGUUUCUGUUUCUCCAAUGUUUUCAGAACGUUCUUCACCAAAAUUAAUCGUUUCAAAUCAAAUAGACCAAAGUGGAAAAAUAAUUAAUCAAACUGAUCAACACUCAACCCUUGUCUCUCCUUGUAAUUCCAAAGUUAUUUCUUUACUCCAGCCUUCAAGACUCAGCAUGAAGUAA